CUGGAAGUGAAACCUUGCUCAACAUUUACUUAAUGUUCAUCAAUGAUUACAAAGUCAAGCACAGUUCAUUCCAAGGCACUCAGAAACCUCUUUUAAGAUGUAUUUUAUUCUCAGAAGAUGCUGUCUAGAUUAAAUGUUGGGGGAUGACUGAUUAAGAAAGCGACAUUUGGCAUCCAUCUCACUCCAGCAUGUCCCUCUGUGCAUCGUCUCACAAGGAAUGUUCUCAUUUGCCACCAAUUCAAGAUCUCGGAUGUAGUAAAAAAGAAGCCAAAAGCGCCAUCUCUGAACAGAGCUCCCCCAUCCCUUUCAGCUGCAGCCAGGCUGCUCUGACUGUGGAACACAGCCCGAUCUACAUUCCAUCCUGUUACAUGGAGAACAGACCCGACUACUCAGCCAUGGCUUUCUACAGCCCUUCGAUGAUGAAUUAUAACAUUCCGGCCAAUUUCAGCGAUUCAGAAAAUGCCACUUUAAGGCAGACGGCGAGUCCGAGCAUGAUGUGGUCCAAUUCUGGCCACAUCUCUCCUCUGACAGUGCACUGCCAAUCAUCGGUUUUAUACGCGGAGCAACCAAAAAGCCCUUGGUGUGAAGCCCGACCUGUGGAUCAUGUCUUGCCUAUUCACAGAGACACCUUGAAAAGAAAAAACAGCAGCAGUGACUGUACCAGUCCCACCACAAACAGCCCUGGUUCAAAAAGAGAUGCACAUUUCUGUGCUGUAUGUAGCGAUUAUGCAUCUGGAUAUCAUUAUGGGGUUUGGUCAUGUGAAGGCUGUAAAGCUUUCUUCAAAAGAAGCAUCCAAGGGCACAAUGAUUAUAUUUGUCCGGCGACAAACCAAUGUACAAUAGAUAAAAACCGACGCAAAAGUUGCCAGGCCUGCCGGCUCCGGAAAUGUUACGAAGUAGGGAUGAUGAAAUGUGCUGUUUCUUCCAGGAUUCAUAGAGACAGCCAUGCUUCCCAGGUGUUGGUAGUGGAGUUUGCAUAUACAGUAUUUUGGGGGAAUUGA